CUAGACCCAUAGCAACACGAAGCACACGUACUGUACUGUCGACCUUCUUUUCGCGACGGACAAUAAUUAGCCUUGAACUUCUUUUAUUUAAUGACAUGGUUCAUGAUAAGUUAACUCUCCCACGCCAUUGUUGCUGUCAUCUUAUUUAAACUUGUCUUUUGGAUCUUGACAACACUGAUGUCUGAAGAUGGCAGUUUCUUUGGGUAAUAUCAAAGCAAAGCGUACCCAAGCUGUUGCUCCAAGGAGUCUAUUUGGUACCGUAAUUGAAGUCGCGAAUGAAGACGACAUUCAACAUGCCAAAUCCCUACCAGUGCCCAAGAGGCGCAUGAAGAAGGACAAGCUUGGCAACUACAUGGCUCCAGACGCUAAUGGCGUGCUAAAGAAUGAACUUGCCGAGGUGGAGAGGCAAAUGCAUAAGGCUAGAUUUGCAGAGAAUGAUCUCAAAGAGGCCUCUCAUCUUGCUCUCACCUUUCAUCCAAACCCUGACACCAUUAAAACCGGUAUCCCUGAUGGAGCCCUAUCUUUCAAACCAAAGAAUCAGUAUGCCCCAUACAAGCAGGACAUCAAGCUCCAUUCUAGGGACAUUUCACUGACAGAGCACUUCAACAAGCCGAUGGGAAUCGAUGCGAACCAAGACUACAAUUAUGAGCGUUACCGCCGGCCAUAUACUAACGCUCAAUUCCAGCAGGCAGGGACUAUUCUUGGCAAAGGGGGUGCUUUCCCAAAGAAGGACGAUGAAUCAAAAAGCAUGCGUGAAACUUUCCCUCCCACCACGAGACGUGUUCGAAAGACGCCUAGCCCAGGAAUUCAGCCAGGGCAACGUGCGUUUCCUACCGACAGAAUCCCGGACAACAUUCGUUUCCUACAUGGGGAGGAGCUGUGCAAGGAAGUGGCAAAGGAAAAUGAGUUUCUGAGGAAGGCCACCCCUCCACCUAAGCGCAUCCCUGGUCCCUUAAUCACGGCCAAGUUUCCUCCAGUGAAGACGAGCAUCUCCCUGGACACUGACCCCAUGUAUUCGGCCCUCGGCACGUCUUUGAAGCAGGACAUCUUCAAUGGUGUGCCGCACAGCCAUGUGAAGAGUCUCUACAAGAGUUCUUUCACACAAGACAUCCAUAACAAGUCUGUGGAAGUCUUCCCUCCCAAGUUUGCUAUACAGAGGAAUCAAGACAGUAAAUGGAACGAGGACGGUGUGAUCAGGAUGAAGCUUUACAAGGCUUGGGAUGCCAUGACGCUGGAGCGACUACAAGCCAAGGGAGGUGGAACUUAAGAAAACACAUAUCUUAACUAAUCUAAAUCAUGAUGAGCCAUUGAUCAAUGAUGAUACAUACAGGUACAUAGAGGUGGGUAUGUACAUACAGUAAUAUACAGAUUUCAUUCGAGAUAUUUGUGCUGACGAUAAUAAUUUAGACUAUCAAUAUGAUAAUAUAAA